GGAGCUCGCCCAGAAGCGCUGCCCAAUCUGCCGCGCGACCUUCAGCGAGGCGCGGGAGCUGCCCGACAUCCGCAGCGACCCGGGGGCGUGGUUCGACGCCAUGGACCGCCUGCCGCGGGCCCUCGCCGCUGCGGGGCCGCUGCCGCGCCGGGUGUGGUCUCCGGCCUGCUUGGCGGCGGGAUCCGAGCCCUACGGCGGGGGCGUUCCUCAAGGAAUGUGCCCAGGAGGCUCCAUCCGCCUGGAGGUCAGUCUUCGG